AUGGAUUCGAACCCUCAAGAAGUCAUAGCUGUAUCGGUCAAUACGCUCCAGGAUUUCGAUGAGAAGCUCAAAACGAUCACUGAAGAGUUAAAACGGGUCCAAUACGAGCGAAAUCUGCACGUUCCUAUCUGUCGUCUCCCUGCAGAAAUCCUUGGUUCCAUUUUCACAUUCCACACGGAGUGUUGGAAUCGCGCUGAAAGAAGGUCCCCAAGACGGUCGUCGCGAUAUUGGAUUAACAUUCUGCUUGUUUGUCGCCUGUGGUGCAUGAUCGCUUACAGUACUCCCUCAAUGUGGUCUACCCCCGAUUUUAUGUUCCCCAAAACUGCGAGAAGACUAUUGAAGUAUUCGAAAUCCAGUCCGCUUAACAUUCGUUGGGACUUCAUCCCGGCACCUCUUAGUACGGACCACAUUGAAGCUUUCACUGAAGCAGUGUCGCGUCCUGCAUGUAUUGCUAGUUUGGAUCUUCACGCGAUUUCGAACAUCACAAGGAAUUUCUUGGUGGGCGUGCUGAAGGACAUGAACGAGCCAGCGCCUCUGAUUCGUUCUAUUCGGAUAGUUGCCGAUGAAACAACUUCGAUUGUGCUGCCACGCGACUUUCUCGGUGGAGAAGCGGUGCGUCUCACUGAUCUAGAUCUCGUUGGAUGUUCGAUUCCUUGGGAGACCCCGUUGGUCGGAAACCUCACACGUCUGGCGAUGAAACGGCUACCACUAGCCAUCCGACCCACCAUAAAAGAUAUGUUCGAACUCUUACAAAGAGCUCCUUCCCUCCGAGAGAUUCAUCUUGACAGCUGCUUAUCGCCAAACCGUAUCCCCCUUCCUUCGGAUUCGACAGUUGGACUUCCUCAUUUGAAAAGCUUGUCCAUGAGUGUAGGGUCCGAAGUCUGCUGCACUCUCCUCCAACAUAUGUCAUUUCCCGACACGACCAGAAUACACUUUCAAAACCACAUGCCAUCCAUUGCAGACGGAGGUUUCAACUCACUCUUUGCUUACAUAUCCGGACUCCUCUCCCCGUCCUCGUCUUCUGCUGAUCAUGCGAGGGCGAUCAAAACUCUGAAGGUACAAGUCUACAAAUACCAUCGUGAAACCGUCGUGAUUUUCCGUGCUUGGAAUAUUUCGUGCGAUUGUUCUGAGGUUGCUGAGUUCCUUGAUACCCCCAUUCCGCACCUUUCCAUCGAUCUCGAGAUGUUAGAUGAGACCGUUACCGAAAUGACUUCAAAAAUCCUCGCGUUGGGUCCUCUCACACAUCUCGAAAAUCUCCGUUUCAACUGUACAGAGCCACCUUCCCCGGAUGUCCUCAUACAAUAUUUAGGAAACUUGAAUCGACUAAGUUCGGUGUUCCUCAUGGAACAAGCUUCCUUCCAAUUUGUCAAAACGAUGUCCCGUAAUCUCACACCCAAGAGAAAGCCGCGAAAGAAGAAGGCGGCAGGUAAGAAGAAGCAACAGGAGGAAGAGGCAGCGGUAACACAAUCACAACCUCCCCUUUUCCCGGCGUUGAAGACGCUCGGAUUUGCUGAUGUGGAUUUCCGUGAAAAUUCGCAUAAUCUUCUCAAACCUCUCCUGACUGCGUUGAAGCUGCGUGAGGAGAAUGGAUAUCCAUUGAAGAAGGUGAUAUUGGAGGCAUGUAUUCGACUUCGGGCGAAUGAUGUAGAGAAGAUUGCGAAACGAGUAGAGGUAGAUUGGGAUGAGUCUGAAAACGAGGACGAUGACGAUGAAGACGACGACGACGACGACGACGAUGAGGACGGGUAUUAUGAUGAUGAUGUCUUUCCACCGUUCUUCCCGUUCCCUUUUCUACCCAGUUUCUACGGACCCAAUUUCUAG